GGCUCUGAUUAUGAACUUGCUCGAAGUUGGAAGAAGGAAACUAAACCCGUCAGUGGACCGUCGGUUCAUAUUCGCAAAGUCAAGGCGGAUAACUCAUUGAUCGGGAUCAAUAAUGGAUCUUUCGACGUUAAGAAAGAAGAUCAUUCAUCGGAUCAAGACUACACGGAGAAACCCAAGAGAGUAAAACUAAAAAAAAAACGAUCACGUAUAAAAGUGAGUGAUGGUAUGGAUAAUGGUGUCAUCGAUCCAUUUGUAGAAACUUCAAAGGCACCAAAUCUAGAAUAUACUACUUCGCAUGAAAUUACACCAAACACAUCCCAACAAUCCCUGACACCAUCAGAAAUUUUAGAAGAUAUUGCUACUUCGCGUGAAAACACACCAUGUCCAGUUAUCCAAUCAACCCAACGAUCAUUAUUGGAUACUAUUUCUACUUCGCAAGAUACACCACAAACUAUUGAAGAAGGAAUCUACACAGAAAUAAAAAAUCUGUUACAAGCGAAAGACCGACCUAUUUUGCCAGAAACUUUGAUUAAGAAGUUGGAUACGAUAUUCGAAACAGAAUACACAGAGAUAGAAUCAAAAAUCAAUUUGGAAACAGUUAUCAACGGUGACAAAUAUACAGAAGAAGCAAGACCGUGA